AUGCUUACUACCUCUACAAAUGCACUUUUCAAUCAGAGCUCUUCUACCUAUGCCAAUCUCGAAUUGACUCAGCCUAAUGACUUGGAACGGGGUUCUACAAAUGACGAGGGUGAUGCGGCAUCGAGUGAUUCUGCAAAUGCCAACGAGUCAGUAAACGUUUUCUGUGAUUUAUUUCAAGGUUGCUCCAUGCUCAUAUAUGAUUCUCCGAUCUAUAGCUCGUCACCCGCAGAAACCGAGCAACGUUUGCGGCUCGAUGAUAUCGACACGACUGAAGACUCUUACGAAUCAGUAAUGAAUAGAAUAAGUCAAUGGAGAGAAACAACAAGUACGAAUUCAGAAAUUCCAACUAACGAUCUGGAAAUCAAUCAAAUACCUGAAAUGAUUGAAAUAUCAAGAGAAGAAACAAAUGCAGAAAUUGAAUUACGUCAAAAAUUAAGAUUACUUCAAGACUUACUUAAUAAAAGUAAAGAUAUCAAAGAUUGUUCAGAUGAUAGUGAUGAAGAAGAAAAUGAAAAUGUUAUGUUCAAGUUUUUAAUUGGUCAACCUGAUUUUAAAGAUGUAUUAUUUUUAAGAAUGCUUUAUAAAUGUUCCCCUUUUUAUUUAAAUGGCGGUGUUUCUAAAUCAUUUGGAAAAUGUGCUCAUCUUCUCAGGACUAGUGAAACUACGAAAGAGUACUUUAGUAAUCUUUCUAUUAAUUCAGGCAAAAGACUUUUGAAGGACAGGUUUCUUUUUUUAAAAUCAUGGACUACAGGUAAACCUAGACGGAAUCUUAUUAACUCUUUGUCCAAAGCGGAAGAUGACGAGAUUCAUGAGUUAAUCAGAGAUUUGCUUGAGCAGAAAACCUUACAUUCAACUCACAAACAAUCAAUAAACGGCGAUCAAAGUAGCGCCCUCUCUGGUUCAGAUUAUGGAUCCGUUUCAAGUUAUGAGACGUCUUUUGCAAGCGAAAGUUUGGUUUAA